AUGGCUCCGUGCCUUGUCCUGGCAACAGUGAGCUGCUCCCCUGGCACCGACAACGCUGCGCUGCUCCCCCGGAACCGGCACAUUGUGAGCCGCUCGUUCUGCCCGCCGUAUCCCUGCGCCUGCAGCCUAGGAGAGCGCCAGGAGCCUGGGAGAGCUCCAUCCAGCAUGGGGCUGGGCUCGUGGCUGCGGGGGCUGAGAGGCCGGCGGAAGAACCCAGCACCACGGUCUGGGGGCAAGAAGCCUCGUCGGGAGGAGGAGAACAAGGCGCGGGAAUUGGCUUGCAGCGUUGGUGGCUUCGUGUUGGGAAUAGUCCUGGCCAGUGCGUAUGGGGCUAUGGUGCUGCUGGAGCAGGGCCACAACAUUUGGUACUGCCUUGUCACCACCAUCUCCCUGGGCGCGGGGCUGGGGCUGGGCAUGGCCUUCUCCGGCAACGUGCGGGUCACCGUGCUGCUAUCGCUGCCCCACAUCUUCACCAGGGAGGGGAAGAUGCUGAUGCUGCUGCUGGCGCUGGGCAUGGCUGUGCAGGGCCCCUGCACCAACAUCCUGCACAACUUCUCCCAGGCCGCCGAGUCGCUGUCGUGCGGGGCCGAGCUCGCCCUCAACCAGACAGCCGAGCGGCUGCAACGUGCCCAGGAGCCAUUGCUGAACAUGCUGACCAAACUCAAGGAGAUAUCCCAGAAAGCAAAGGUGGUGGGUGACCACGUCCGCAAGUUCUUCCGCUCCCUCAUGGACUCCGUCAGCCACGUCUCCCGAGUCCUGUACAACGUCUGGAGGUGGCUGGUGAACGUGGGCAGGGUGUGCAACAAGGAGCUGGGCACGCCGUACCAGCGCUGCGUGCGCCUCUUCAACGAAGCCAAGGACAACUGCGAGCGCACCAUCCCCUUCCUCUUCUUCCUCUGCUAUAUCAUCGUCGCCUUCAAGACCCUCUGUGGUCUGGCCAACAUUGCCCUCGUCUUCUGCAUCAUCCCAUGGUACCUCCAGGCAUUCAUCAGGAGGCAAGUUGCAGUCCCCCUCACAAAUGCGAUGGAUCGUGUCCGCCAGGAGUUCGAGUUCAAUAUCUCAGCCGUGCACCGCUUCGACAUCAACCUCAGUGCCAGCAAGAGCCUGGGGGAGGUGGCCCUGGACAUGAUGGAGAGCGUGCGCGCGCAGCUGGAGCCCACCCGCCAGGUCCUGGGGCUCUUCACGCAUGUUUCCUUCUGUGCCAUCCUCUACAUUUAUUUCCAGGCACUGCGGUACCGUCGCCGAUACAUGAAGGAUGACACCUUCGACAACAUCUACAUCACACAGCGCUUCGUGGCGCUGGACCUGCAGCGAGCGGAGCAGGGCAGACCCACCGUGCUGCCCCUGUCAGCCUGGGAGAGGCGUCGCUACAUCCCCCCAGCCGCGCUGUGGCUGUCGCAGCAGGAGCGGCGCCAGUACGGGCUGCAGCUGGUGGGGGUCCUGCGCCACGUUCUGGUGGGGCUCAGCAUCAUCCUGGCCGACUACAGCCUCUUCUGGCUGCUUGACCUGAUCCGGCACCAGCUGCGAGGGGAGAUCAUCAGCAGGGCGCCAGCGGUGAUGGGUGUCAGCGUCAACGGGACAGGCUACACCAGCGAGAUCUUCCGGGACUUGGUCUCUGCUUUUGAAGUGCUGCAGCAGGGCAACAUCUCAGUGCUCUCCCCGCGCUGCCUCCUCCAGCCCGUCGAGCCCGACUACGGCACCUACAUCAGCAUGGGACUCCUCUACGGCACCUGCCUCUUCAUCGCCAUCUUCGGCAGCCACGUGGCACGCCUGCGCCGGGCGGUGUGUGCUGCCUACUACCCGGGCCGCGAGCAGGAGCGCAUGAUCUUCCUCCACAGCACCAUCCUGGCCCGGCGCGCGGGGCUGGUACAUGCCCUGCGCCAAGCCGCCAUGCACCGCACGGCUGACGCCAGGCAAGGCAACCUGCUCCUCUUCCUCAUUGCCAGGGUGCCUGGCUUUGACCGGCUGGCUCGGCUCUUGGGCAUCAAGCAGAAAAGCUGCUUGGCCUGUGGGAUAGCGGAGCAGCCAGACUUCAUCACGUGCAUCACGCCCGGCUGCAAAGGGUUGUAUUGCAGUGAGUGCUACAAAACCCUGAACAACAUCUGCUCCAUCUGCAUGGGCCCCCUGAGCUACGGGGACACCGGGGAUGAGGAGAUGGACUCCAGCGAUGAGGAGAUGGUGGGGCUGUGGCUGGGUGCUGUGCGGGCGCUGCGGGGCCAGGAGCGAGGGCGAUUGCUGAGGCAGCGCAUCAAGGAGGUGGCGGGGGGCCGGAGGGGCAGCCGGCGACUGCCCCCCAAGCUGGCAGCCUGGCUGCGAGCCCAGCUGAAGGAGGAGGCGAGUGGGGAGAGUGACUGGGACAGCAGCGAGGACAGCUCGCUCUCCAGCCUGGACUUCAGUUACCAGGAGCAGCCUGAGAGCAGUGGCAGUGAGCUGGAGGAGGUGAUGGCCCUGCAGCCACCCAGCAGCAAGGGCAGUGCCCGGUGA